AUGAGCUCUCCCAACCAGCGCCGAUGGUAUCAAAUACGAUGGUUCUCGGAUGACGAUAGCUCCGAGGAUCGGAAAUUGAUUGUCAAGCUGGACGCCUUGAUAGUCCCGUAUGCGUUUCUUUCUUACUGGACCAAAUAUAUCGAUCAAGCCAACCUGAACAAUGCCUAUGUGUCGGGAAUGCAAGAAGAGAUCGGUCUCGGCGGGGAUGACUUGGUCAACCUCCAGACAAUGUACACGGUUGGCGCGGUGGUUGGCCAGCUUCCUUUUGCCUAUCUCUUCACACGAGUGCCCAUUUCGUGGCUGAUCCCCACCAUGGAUAUUGCUUGGGGCAUCUUCACUCUCCUCCAAUAUCGGGCCACCUCGUAUAGCGAGAUGAUGGCCUAUCGGUUCCUGGUAGGCUGGUUUGAGGCCGCAUUCUUUCCUGGCAUGCACUACAUCUUCGGGGCAUGGUAUCGGGGAGACGAGAUUGCCCGCCGCGGGGGCUGUUUCUAUGUGGGACUGACGCUGGGGACGCUCACAGCCAGCCUCAUCCAAGCCGGGGCAUCUUCGCGCUUGGAUGGAGUGUCCGGUCUGGCCGGCUGGCGAUGGAUGUUUAUUAUCUGCGGCAUCAUCACGAUUCCCAUUGGGAUCCUAGGAUUUUUUGUACUGCCCGGAACCCCGGACAAACCCAACCAACUGAUCCUCCGAACGGAGGACAUUCAACGAGGACGUACACGGCUCGAGCGCGCUGGCCAUCGCUUCACAUCCUCCGGUGGGGUUUCCAUUCUCCAGACCAUUCGAAGCCUGCUCCAGAACCAGCGAUUCUACAUCUUCCUCGUCUUGGACGUUCUUUUCUGGAAUGCCGGUCUUCACGCCUCCGCCGGGGGGUAUCUCCUCUGGCUGAAAUCUCUCCAUCGGUUCAGCACGGCAACCCUUAACAACCUGUCUGCGAUUGCCCCGGCGCUGGGUAUCUUCUACACUUUGUUGGUCUGCUUCUUAUCCGAUCUCUGUCUGGGUCCGGCCUGGGCGAUCGUGCUGGCCCAUACCUGGAACAGCCUGGGACUGAUCAUCCUGACGAUCUGGGAGGUGCCCGAGUCCGCCAAGUGGUUCGCUUUCUCGACCAUCUAUGCCUGUGUGGCCAUGUCCAGUGUGCUCUACGGCUGGGUCAACACGGAGUUACGAUAUUCACCGCAGGAACGGGCGGUGGUGCUGGUGGUGAUCAAUGCGGUCUCUCAAUCCACGACAGCUUGGACACCACUCCUGGUCUUCCCGACCGUCGAGGGCCCUCGCUUUACCAAGGGCUAUGCAUUCACGCUGGGGUCUGCUUUGGCAUUGAUUGGGGCCACUAUUGGGGUGUGGGCUGCAUUUCGGGGCAAGAAGUAUUAUGUCAGCCACCUAUUUUUAAUUUUCAUGAUCCUAAGAUAG